CCACACUUCUGAGGAGAGCCUGAUAGCUUUUGAAUCUCUAAUUUCUUCCCCUCAAACCAGCAGAGAACAGACAACAGCAUGGCAGCCACUCUCUGUCAAGUAAUGGGCUUGCUUUUGAGUUUGUUAGGGGUGGCAGGUAUAAUCGCAGCGACGGGGAUGGACCAGUGGGCAACCGAAGACCUCUUUGAUAACCCUGUGACGGCCAUUUUCUCCUACUCAGGCCUGUGGAAUUCAUGCGUCCGCCAGAGCUCCGGCUUCACAGAGUGCCGACCGUAUUUCACCAUUCUGGGACUGCCAGCUCUGCUGCAAGCAGUGCGGGCCCUGAUGAUUGUUGGUAUUGUCAUUGGAGCCAUCGGCUGCCUGAUCGCCAUCUUUUCAAUGAAGUGCUUGAAAAUGGGGAACAUGGAGGACAACAUCAAAGCCACAAUGACUCUGACUUCUGGAAUCAUGUUUCUUCUUGCAGGCGUGUGUGGCAUUGCUGGGGUGUCAGCCUUUGCCAACUUGAUUGUGCAAAGUUUUCGCUUCACAACCUACGCAGAUGGUGGGUUCAGCUCGUUUGGAGGAGCGGGUAUUGGUGGACUCUCAGGAAAUCUGACUCCAAGGUACACUUUUGGCCCUGCUCUCUUUGUGGGCUGGAUUGGCGGAGCCAUCUUGGUUGUUGGAGGUAUCAUGAUGUGUCUGGCCUGCCGUGGAAUGACUCCAGAAAGAAACAGAGCGUACGACGGGAUGACCUACAAAGCUGCAUCUCACCACACUAUCUACAAGUCGGACACCAGACCCCGUCCAGCCAUCAAUGACUCCUACAAGGCCCAGAGUGUGGAGGGAAGGCAUUCCAAUCAGAGAUUUGACUACGUGUAGAAUCCAUUCUCUUCUAUAGAUACCUCUCUUUUAUAUUCUGCUGCUCUGACGAUGUUUUUCUCUUGUCU